GAACCGCUGCCUCCACCGGGUCCGCAGGAGCGAAGCAACAGGCAGCUGCAGGAACAAUGGGAGCAGCUGUCCAGUCAGCUCUUUUACUACGGCGGGGAACAGCUGAGCCGGCAGCGCUUGGAGCAGGGAGCAGGGACUCACCUGGUGGAGCUUCAGGUGCUUGGGCGGGGCCGCCACCGGGAGGGGAGGAGAAGCAGCUGUUCGGCGGCGGCAAGGGCUCGGGGCGUCUCAGGUGAGCCAGCAGGGGGACUCCUGGGACCGCGGCCCCUUCCCGGUCCCCUCCCCACCCUCGCGCGUUUUUCCCUCUGUCCCUGCGCCCACAGGCUGUGGACGUUGGGCGCGCUGCGGACCCUGGCGCUGCUUCCACUCGUCUUCCUGGUGCUGCAGCUGCUCUACUUGGUGCUGGUGAAACCCGAAGCCAUCCGCCAGGGACUCGCGCGCCUCCGCUCGGACGCCGCCUUCCGCCGCCUGCGCUACACGCUGUCCCCGCUGCUCGAGUUGCGGGGGCACGGGCUGCUGCCUGCCUAGAGCGCAUCACACCGGCUCUGGCCGUGUGUACUUCCGUCUCCCGUGUGGUUCCUGGGGCGCCCGGGGGACAGGGCUGAGGGGAGGCUCGCGUGUCGCUCCUGACCGGCCAGGGCCCUUGGGCUCAGAGGGUGCCAGUCCUUCCCUCGGGCCUUGGGUCUGGGGAAGCGUCGCGAGUCUAGGACUCGCCUCUCCCACAGCCUCCUGCUGGUCUGCGCCUUUACGCACCGACCGCCACCCUGGGCCUUGAGCCUGAGCCCUGGGGAGGAGCGGGCCCUUGGGCCGGUUUCCCGUGGAGUCCGCUUUUGCCUGGCUGCGUGUGGUCGUUCAGAUCCCCAUCCCCGUGCACCUCGCACGCCUGCCUCUCUCCGCUCCCUUCUGCUUUCUGGGCGGCUGAGCACAGUAAGCAGUGCACACUCGGGACUUGAGGCUCCGUGGGUAAUUUUCUUUUUUAUUCAUGAGGAAUGUUCUCCAUGGAGAUGAACCUUGAGUUUUACUUUGACCCCAAGAUUGCUCUUAUUUUACAGUAUUUCAACUGCUCAACAACUGCUUGGUGUACCUCUGCACAUACACAGGUGUUUGCAAAAAACUUUCUUGGUGGUACUGGGGGUUCAAGGCUGGGCCUUCACGCUGAACUAGGUCUCUAGCUCAUACAGGGUCUCAGGGAACUGCUGAAUUACCCAGACUGGGCUGGAACUUGUGAUCCUACCUUAGCUCCCGGGUGCUGAAAUGACAGGGGUGCACCACUCCCUCGCCCCUAUCUUUUUCAUCUUGACUUUAGGCACUCUUUAGGCUUUUUAGCUGUUUGUGUAAUCCAUCAUAUCAAACUUAAGCAUUGUGCUGAGACCUAAAAACCCAUUCUUUCCUGGAAGUCACAAAGACAUCCUAUUUUCUUCUGAAGUCUUUCGUUCUCUUGCCCCUCCCCGUUUUUGGCAGCCAUACUGGCUGGGUUCAGCACAGUUCUUUUGCACGGAGUUACAUUCCCAUCCCUUUUUAUUUUGAGAUGGAACCUAAGUUGCCCAGGCUGAGACCACACUGGGAAUCCUUCCAAAUAGUUUGGAUUAUGGGUCUGUGUCUUCUUGCCUGCCCACCCCACCCCUUCCUUUUUGCGAUGAGCUCUUCCUGUGUUGCCCAGAUUUGCCUUGAAUUCCUGGAUUCAAGUACUCUUUCUGCCUCCGCCUGGGACUACAGGCCUGAAUUGCUGAGCCCAUAUUUCUUCUAAAUACUUUUAAUGAUGUACUUGUAUCACUGCCGAAGUGACUUGGUACAGGUGGAUAUAUAGUAGAGCUAUCAUCUUUGCUAGUAAUCCAUUUUAUGCUUUCUUUUUUUUUUUUUUUUUUUUUUUUUUUUUUUUUUUUUUUUU